AUGAAGCCUCCUUCUCCCGCCAUCCCAAAUAGUGUACUUGUACUAAACCUUCAUCGCGAUUCUUCGCUCCGCCAACCCCUUGCUCGUCGGCUUUGCCUCUGUGCCUCCCGCCCUUGGCCAGUUUCCGACUCCGAGUGGUGGGACGGUGCCUUCUCCGUCGUCGACAUUUCUUUCGACGUCAAGUUCACCAACAAACCCGCCCCUAACACAGCCUCCGUGCGCUAUCUUGAGAUGGUGACCACGAGCGACGGGCGCAGCCUAGGACUGCCGGACCCGCGCUCCGAUUACCCCUUUAACUUCACCGUUGUGCAGCACGAACACGCGAUUGGGCACGUCGACGACGACUGCAAGUUCACUUUCUGGGGUCAGUACGGUGACAACAAGGAGCAGACCGACGUGGACGUGGCUGUAGCAAAUAUGAUGUCUUGCAUGGGCGGGGGGCCGUGCGGAACCGCUCCCGCCUGAAAGAUAAAUCCGCCGUGGAUGCACCCACUUCGUAGAACACGGUGUCCGCCAGCGAACCGCUCACCAGAUCAGAAAAUGCUUCGAAAGUGAAGUGCAGCUACCUGUGGCAGCAUCGGGAGGAAGGCUACGAGAGGCCGGCCAGCGCACGGGAACAGUACGGAGGAUGGUGUCGUCAUGAGAUGAUAUCAAGAAAGGGUAGCCAAUCUCACUCCCGCUGAGGUUCGAGCUUGGUUGGGACUGAAUCAUUUUUGCCUGUGCUGUUGUUUUGUGUUGUCAGUUGACGAUCGAUGCCUUGCGUGGCGCUUUCGCUCGCGAUGGUACCUACGGUUGAUCAAGGCUCGUGGAUGAGGGAAAUCUGCGUGAUACUUUGGCACCCCGAAGGCACACACAUUGUUCGUUAAGGAGGACACGACAAGUGUGGGACAAAAGCAGCACCCCGACGCCGGCAUCGGAAAGGGUCGCCACUCCAAAUAUCCAAGCCUAAGUUUUUGUUAAUGUAAUAAUGAGGUACGUGUGUGACUUGGGUGGUAGCUUCGACUGCUCUAACUGGCGAAUUCAUUAAUGACGAGACAUCUUGUAACGGGAUGGCGGAAUGAAAAACACGAAGGAACAUGAUUUUGCAUCAGUGCGCUGGUUCCUCACCGGAAGGACGAAUACAUGGGUGACUUUUUGUUUUGCUUUGUAAUAUCGAUGGGAAACGAUAUGCUUAUUAUGUGUAUUUGUGCGUCGUAGUAGGUUGCGUACAGAGAUGCGUCGUAGAUACAUAGAUGCCUCGGGUUCGUUCAGUGGGUGAGUGAGGGAACCGGAAACAAGAGCUGAAAGCGCCGAUAAGGCCUUCAGAAUGUAUGGAUAAAUGUGCGUAUUUGUUAUUGAGAUACAUUUCAAUCUAGUGCAAGUUAUGGACUAUCAUACACUGUACACAGACUCACGAUACUGAUCGUAAGGAGAACGUAAGGAGCGAUUUCCAUCAGCGAAUCAACCUAGUGUUUCGAAAAGAACUAGCUACAGACCUGGUUUUUUGUAGCAUGUUGGACCCGUCUUUCACUGCGGUGAA